UGCCCCACCGAUCGACCGAGCGUUGUCGGUCCUUGGCGCACAGAAUUCACUGAAACUUCAACCCAGCCCCUCCCUUCCGUUCAGCAAGUUGUAUGAAUGCUUCCUUCUUAAGGGAAACGAUGACCAAAUGCCUGUAUAGUCUUGGUUUGUCGAUUUUACAUAUUGCUGUCCAGGCUCUCGCGGAUAACAAGCCUAUAUUCAUAAGAAAUGCCGCGAAUCUUGGAGCUCCGAAGGAAUUCCCAUGGGACGAUAUCGUUGGCUCACCAUUUCUUGACUGGCAUGAAUGUUAUGAUUCGAACAAGUUCCAAUGUGCUCGCUUAAUCUUGCCUCUGGACUGGAAGAAUGAAUCGAAUCCGAAUAAUAUAUCUCUUGCCUUAAUCCGGCUUCCCGCGAAGGUCCCGUACAAGGACCCGAGCCACGGAGGCACGAUCAUAACGAAUCCCGGCGGACCCGGAGGCUCAGGUGUGUGCUGGGUGCUGGAAAAUGCCGAAAAACUCCAGUAUCAACUGGAUGGGCCGAAGCACUAUGAAAUACUGUCUUUCGACCCGCGCGGAGUCUUCAACAGCAGACCGAACGCAUACUGUUUCAAAAGUGCCGUUGAAUCGGAGAUUUGGUAUGACCAGAAGGAAGCCGUUGGCAGGACGGACUCUGGAAACUAUGCCCUUAAGUACAACUGGGCGGCCGAGAUGGCGCGAGGAGAGCUUUGUGCCACUACUGAGAACGGGAAAUAUCCUAAUGGCGACAAUAUCCGCCAGUACGUCUCCACGGCAUCGGUAGCUCGAGAUAUGCUGGAGAUAACGAGGCUUCUUGAGCUCGAAAAAGCACGAGAUAAAAAGGAUAUCCCCUACGAGGCAAGCACACAACAGCCACUGCAGCGGGAUAUCUCGACAUAUCCGGGAAAGUUGCAGUACUUUGGAACUUCCUACGGCACUUUUUUAGGCCAAACAUUUGCUUCCAUGUUUCCGCAACAUGUCGGUCGGAUGGUCCUUGAUGCAAACGUGGACCCCGAUAACUGGGUGUCUCGAUACGAAGCCGGGAUCGAUGAUCAUAAUAAGAUACGCAAGUAUUUCUUCGAACGGUGCUUCGACGUGAAAGGCGAGUGUCCUUUUCGACGGGACGGGGACGCAAGCGCGGCUGACGUCGAGGAGCGAUUCAAUCUCCUCCUCGACUCUCUGGACGAAUUUCCACAAUACGCGACCGGUCUUGGGCGAGCCAUGCCCAUCACGCGAACCGUCGUCGAGAUGGGGUUCCUGACCGCCACGUAUCAGCCGCUCUUCUUCUUCAAGCCAUACGCGCGUUUCUUGAACGACCUGCUCCUCAACGUCAACCCCGGCAUUCCGUUCUGGGAUAGACCCGUGCCAACGGAAGACACCUUCACGGACAAGAUGCUCCAGCAAAAGUACCAAGGCGAAGAAGUUGGACCUGCCGUGCAUUGCAGCGACGGUCCCCUUUUAUCCGGCGAGCCGCUCUCCGCGUUCGAAGGCUACGUGAGCAACCUGACGGCGAGGUUCGGGUCGAUCGCGGCAGGUCUACAGGCAGACUACAAGAUUCCGUGCUGGACCUGGCCGCGGUCGUUGCGUACGAAAUGGAGAUACCCCGGCCCCUUCGGCGGCGAUGUGCAGAUUUUGUUCGUCAACAACAGGCUGGAUCCGGUCACCUCGAUAAAGAACGCCGUCAAGAUGAGCAGUCGCUUCAACGGAAGCGUGCUGUUGGAGCAGAACAGCGCCGGGCACGGCGCACUUUGGCCACCGUCGGAGUGCAUGUGGUCGCACGUCAGGAACUAUAUCAAUACGGGGCAGAUGCCGCCCAAAGGAACGAUAUGCGAGCCAUUGUGUAUACCAUUCAAUGGAAUGUGUGAAGGAGUCGACACGGGCGAUUAAGCAUUGAAGAGUUUCUGGCCGAAACUCGAGUGAUGCAAACUUUUGAUAAGUGGACGUAGCCUCACAAGACCGUGAGUGGUGCGUGAGUGACGUUUAAUCUAGCCUGCGGCCGCUUGGAAGAUUUGAUAACAUGCGCAGUCUAAAUACAGAAACCUGGAGCUUUCUCAGGUCUCACGCGUAGCUAAGCGCUGAACGAGCUGUCGAUCAGCUCGUGUGAUGAGGUGGAGACUAAUUCAAAGUAGAGGUGACGCUCAUAGUAGAUCUCGAAUCCGUGCAGUCAAGACCCAUGUCGUUCUUUCAUUUCGCAAAUGAUCAAUCGCACCUCUAGUUAGCGAAAAACACAC